AUGGCCGAUAAUGUCGAGUCCAGAGUGUUUGGUGAUCAAAUCCAAAACUAUCAUAAUCGUAUUUCCGAAGAUAAAUUAGAAGCAGUCACCAAAGCUCUCUAUUCGUGUCAAAUUGCUAAAACUGACUCACUCACUUCCUUCGUCGACAAGUUUGAGAACCUAAUUCGGGAAUUCUAUCGUCUAAAGGGCGAACUUUCCGAUAUUCAAUCUGCCAGAAUGCUUAUGGGUGCUAUCCCGUCUCUUUCGAUCGAAACGAAAGAAUACAACAACAAUACGGUCGUUCCCUUGACUCGUGAGGGAGUUGGCUCGUAUCUUCGCAAGUAUGAAGAAAGGCACGGCUGGACUUGUGCAGCAAUCAGAGAAGUCAACGCGGUUUCAGUUCGGCCUGCUAAGAAGGUUUCUGGCGAGUGUAGUCCCGACGAGUGUGUUGGACCUCAUCUUGCUAAGAACUGGAAAUCCGGGGGUAGUAGCCCUGGUCCUUCUUCUUCUCAACCUACUUCUUCAUCCUCUGUGAAAGGUGUUAAGAAAGUUUUUGAUGCUAGUGUCAACAACGCAUCGGCUAGCAUGGCGUUUCUCUCACUGAACGUUGAAUUCGUCGACGAAGAACCAAAAGAUCCUGAAAUCUCUCAAAUGUCUCAAGUCGUGUGUGUUGCUGUUGUCAAUCCCGAAGUCUACAUUCCUUCAUCAGGUUACCAUAGUAGCACCUCACGAUUUUAG